CAGUAGUGAGAUUUCCACGGCGCCCCUGAAGGCAGUGGGCUCCAUCCAUUGAGCGCUGCAGCCGUGUAGUAGUAAAGCCAUGUAAAGAUGGCGGAGCUGCAGAUGCUGCUGGAGGAGGAAAUUCCUGCGGGACGAAGAGCGCUGCUGGACAGUUUCACCAACCUGGAAAGAGUCGCGGAGUACUGCGAAAGCAACUAUGUACAGUCUGCAGACAAGCAGCGAGCGCUGGAGGAAACAAAGAGUUACACCACACAGUCUCUGGCCAGUGUCGCCUACCUCAUCAACACGCUGGCCAACAAUGUGCUGCAGAUGCUGGACAUCCAGGCCUCGCAACUCCGCCGCAUGGAGAGCUCCGUCAACCACAUUUCACAGACCGUUGACAUUCACAAAGAGAAGGUAGCAAGGAGGGAGAUCGGCAUCCUGACCACCAACAAAAACACGUCUCGCGCUCAUAAAAUUGUAGCUCCAGCCAAUCCGGAAAGGCCGGUGCGCUACAUCAGGAAGCCCAUCGACUACAGUGUGCUGGAUGACAUUGGACAUGGAGUUAAGUGGUUGUUGAGGUUCAAGGUGAACGGUCAGCAGAACAUGAAACUAGGAGGGGGUCUGUCUCGGUCCAACCCACCCACCCAAAAGCCGCCUAGCCCUCCGAGGGCAGGCAAGGGCAUCUUAGGACUUUAUUUGGAUGGGCUGUCCGGGAAGAACUCCCCCUACAGGACACUGGAGCCUGUACGCCCCCCAGUUGUACCCAAUGAUUAUGUCUCCAGCCCGAGCAGAAACAAUAUGACAGGCGGACAGCUUCCAAGUCCAGCCCGCACUGCUACCCUCAACCAUCGACCCCGAACAUACAGUGGUAGCAGUGGAGGCAGCCAUCCCAGCAGCAGCAGUCGGAGCAGCAGUAGGGAGAACAGCGGCAGCGGCAGCGUGGGCAUUCCCAUCGCUGUGCCCACACCUUCCCCGCCCUCCACCUUCCCAGUUUCCCCGACUGCCGGACCUGCUAGCUCAUCCUCCACCGCUCCUAACUCUUCCCCUUCCCCCUCCCCAACUCCUUCCUCCUUCUCCUCUUCCUCCUCCACCACAACCUUAACACAACCCAAUGCACCUUUGCCGCCAAGCUCACCUUCUCAACACGCCAACUCACCUCCCCAACCAAACUCACAAUCAAACGCACCAAACACCAGCACCUCCCCACCUUCUAACUCCUCCCCGAGCACAUCCGAAGUCCAAUCGGAACUGCUUCCCCCUGCUCCUCCACCUCCACUCUCCUCCUCUUCCUCUUCUUCAUCACCUACCGAAGGCCCUAUCAUCCCUCAGUUCUACAGUAUGAACCGGCCUCAGCCUCGACAGCAGACCCCACAGGUGGGGGGAUCACUGCCUUACCGCCGCCCGCCAUCUGUAACCGGUCAACCAAUUGCCACCCAGAAUCAGGUCAAUGGUGGUCCCUACUACAACCAGAGCCCAGCCUCUCCACCGCCCCCCUCCAUCCUCCAGUUCACCCCACAGCUUCCUCUGAUGGGGUUUGUCGCUCGAGUUCAGGAGUCCAUUUCAGACACCCCUCCGCCUCCGCAGCCUGCCACCGAGAACCAGGCAGAGCACGAGGAGCCCCCGCCCACUCCUCAGCCAGCUGAAGACGGGCAUGAAGAGGAGGACUCGGCAGUGGUGGAGUAUAAUGACCCAUAUGCUGAAGAAGACCCACCGUGGGCCCCCAGAAACUACUUGGAGAAAGUGGUGGCCAUCUACGACUACACAGCCGACAAGGAGGACGAGCUGUCGUUCCAAGAAGGAGCGAUCAUCUACGUCAUCAAGAAGAACGAGGACGGUUGGUUUGAGGGAGUGAUGAACGCGACCACCGGUCUCUUCCCGGGAAACUACGUAGAAUCCAUCAUGCACUACGCCGACUGAGGCGCCGCGGUGUCCCAGCUGCAGUUCAGCUGAAUGGAGCCGAGCUAGAAGGGAAACCUGACCCAGUUCUACGUUGCCAUUCAUCUACUUUAGAUUCACACUAAUCAGUCACAAGGACGUCAGAGCUUGUGCAAACAAAAAUGACCACUUUAUUAGUAAUUAAUAAUGUUUUGUCAUCAUAUCCAAAAGGCUUUUACCUUUAGUGCUUUAGGACUGAGAGCCGCUCCAGGUGUGAGGAUUCAUUUAAAAACAGUGUGUGUUCACACCCGGCCGCUCUGCCAGCGAGAGAAUGAUGCAGUGUGUUUGAGCCAGCGCGGUUCCCCUUAGUUUUAAAACAAAGAGAGGUUUGGUGUGAGCUGAUGUCACAGGUGUUGUCACACACUCAGGUGUGUGUUGCGACAGACUUCAGUUUCUAAUCUUAUUUUUUUCAGGUCCUACUUAAGAACAACAAAACUUUUAGGUCAUAAAAAUAUGUGUUUGCUGCUAAAGUGAUAAUCACCCCAAGUCCCUCUGUCCACCUGAACUAAAGAAGGGAAGGUGCCCGGUGCUGCUGUUCUUCUUCAGAAGUUCAGGGCGACAUGAGUAGGACAUUUAUUGUUUUUGUUUUUUUAAUCACAAGAAAUUGAUUUUAAGAUCUUGACAAGUGCAACACAGUUUGCAUUUCUCCUACAGAUAUGAAACCAUCCAGUGUGUAAGUGUGGUUGAAUAAAUGUUUUUAGAAAUCAGAGCAGGUGAGUCUUAUGAUGCUACAGCUGAGAAUCUACACGUAAUCCAGCGAUGUUGAGACUGCAGUCUGCAUCUGGUAAAAGCUAAUCCUGCAUGACUUUUACCAGUUUGCCAACAAAGAAGAAAAAUUGAGCCUUCUCAUCAUUUUUGUCUGGCAGCGUGGUGAAAGAAGAUAUUCUCUGAGUGAGGAGUCUGGAAGAUCAACUUGAGAUGAAGGAAACAAAUAAUGACGCUACAAGUCAGAAAGGUUUUAAUGCUAAACAAAGCACAAAGAUCUUCAGUAACACUUAAACUCAGUGACGUUGUGCGAGUGACUUCAUCAGCUGACUGGAUGCUAUCCCCCCCUCUUCAUGGACUCUUCAGUGAAAACUGAGAUUCUAUGAAUUUCCUUUAGCGUCACGCGUCCUCCUGUGACGUGACGUCUGUGAGUCGACCUCUGCGUGUUUUCCAGUUGCUGAAAUCUGCUUGUUCUGUGUUGAAUGAAGCUGCCAGAGGCAGAUCUGGCUGAUAUUAAUGUUCGUGUAACUAAACUAACACUUUAUCUCAUCUACGAGAGAUCUGAUCAGUCGCCAGGGUCUGACCGGGUAAUGAUUGAUUGAACUAUUGAUCGUGAAUGAUCUCGUUUUAGCAGUUCUCCUGUGUCCGGCCUCGUCGUGGCUUUGUCGUGUUGUAGUAAAGUGGACCUGAACUAACCGGCAGGAGGAGAUUCUGGAGCUGUUUUUAAAGUUUACGGUGUGUUUGCCUGCAUGCCUGAUAUAUAACUCAUUUUUAUGGACCAUAUUCUUUAUUUUCCUGUAGUUUCACCAACUUGCUUUAUUCUGUCUGUCUGACCGGCUGGAGGUUGUGAUGUCUCUGUGCAGUUUUUGCUUGUAAUUGCCCUUUAACUGAAGUCCUGUGUACUUGGACUUGAGACUGACUCAGAAAAAAGGUGGAUAUUUUUGUGCCAUAUGUGUGUGUGUGUGUGUGUGUGUGUGUGUGUGUGUGUGUGUGUGUGUGUGUGUGUGUGUGUGUGUGUGUGUGUGUGAGAACCAGUAUGAACCAAAUGUUUCCAUGUUGACUGAAGUGACUUUGGACCUGACAGCAGUGUGUCCUUACUUGUACAGUGUUUAACCACAGAAACCAGAGUCUGCCAGGUUAAAU